CGAAUAUUGUAUGUAAAUCUUGAAAGUUGUCUCGUGUUCUUCUUCAUGUCUGGACGUUACAGAUGGAUCCUGGAUGAAUGUGACGUAGGCGAAGAAGUGGGAGAAAAAAAGAAGGCUACAUCGACUUAAACCAAAACUAUUAAAGAUAAAUUGGUCUGAAUUGGUAUCUGUGUCUAAACAGGGCAUGUCUGAUACUACUACUACUACUAUAAAGAAAGGGUUUUUAUGGCAACAAAGAGACAGAUUCUUCAGUCGCUGGAAAGAACGUUAUUUUAUGUUAACUCUGGACUACUUGGCUUGUUUUAAAAGAGGUUCGAAGGUGGGAACGUCAGAGAUGGGAAGCUUUCAGUAUAAGGUUAAUCUGGCUGAUGUCGAUGGACUUCAUUGGGCAGAUAAAAAACAGGAUGGAGUAAUUUCCAUCGGAGUCGGUCAGGAAGGGCAGCUGUUAUUGUGGACACCAGAGGGCUUGGAUGACUGGAUGUUUAGUCUGCGGGAUGCCAUGAGUCGAAGUAAGGGUCGUCGAGAGGUUCUUCGGAAGUCACAAACUUUGUACCCACAGUUCUCGAGUACAGGAUUAACAAAAAGGCAUCUCCAUACUUUACAACACACCCUAUCUGACAGCUGCAUGAAGACCUCUUUAAUGUGUCGACGCAACAUUAGUAUGAACCUCGAACGUUUAAGUGAUCUGCGUCCAGUGGCAGAAAAACAGUCCCCGCCACAAAUAGGAAAAUUCUCAGAUGGAAAGCCUGACACGAGUGGAGUUGAACUAUUUGAUGAGAACAGUGUUUGUAUUCCAUUUGAGACAGAUGUUCAGUCCCCAUCUCGACUAGUCCUCACUCCCCAACUCGCUCCAAAAUGUUCUUCCGGUUCCUACUCUUCCCUUGUCUCAUUGGGAAGAGUUUCCUUGGGGAAGUUCUUUGACAGAUCUGCUCCACGUUCUCUCCAAUUGUCACCAGCUCUUUCUCAGCAUUCCCUUUAUGCCCAAUAUAUAUUCUCCAACCCAGAGGUUGCUCCUCUCUCGAAUUCCCAUUUCCACAAAAUGGGGGUUUCACCCGUCACUUCCGAGAUAUAUUUUGUUCAUUCUGAUUCUCCUAUAACUAGUCCUAACAGCAGAGGAAACGUUAGUCAUUCUCAAAGCUGUAAAAAUCAAAUGCUACAAGGAAAAAAAGUGUACACUCGAUCAGUUUCGUGUUCUUCUGACGCAAGAUCUCGGGUAGAGAACUCUCUAUGGAAUGUACCUUCUGGAGACGACACUCGCCCUUGUAGUAUCCAUGAUCAGCCAUUACUGACCAUAGAAAAGUCUUCAUUUUCUACCCAACCUCCUGAUUUAAUACCUUUAACUGUAAGUGGACAACCAGCUCUUAAGCAGCCAUACAAGCGUAAGAAUAGGACGUACAGUCAUUUUAAAUCAGACUCUCAGCUGUUUAAUGUUAAACUUGCUGUUAAUAACGGCUGUCCACUGAAGGGCUCUCUAGAAAUAAGGUGAUGUUUGAAUUUAGAAACCUUCUCAUUGCAAAAAAAAAA